AGUAAUACACAAAUAUGGAGUCGAAAGCCCAUAAUAUAGAGGUAGUACAGUUGUGUGGGUCAGUGAUCGUGCCCCACUCACGUCAUGCAGUGGUGCCAGCAUGCAGCAUGUCUAAUUAGUGUUGCUUGGCAUAAAUAUUAUUAUCUCACACCCAAAGGGCCUUUGGGUGCCCCUGCGGACCCCUGCCAUGUCUCAGCUCAGGCAUGGCGGUGGGCUCUUUUGACUUUGGCUAGUGCACUGAAGGACUGUGGGGGGCUCCCAGGGGCCCAAAACCGAUGUGUUUUGCACCAGCGAGCGUCAUAUGUUUGUGAAAAUCUGGCUGUUUUGCACUUGAUUGAGCUUGCGUUGAGACUGCAUUUUAUUUGUUAGGAGCAACAGUCAAAGACUCUCUAAUAUCAUGUAUUAAUGACUGAAAGUGCCAUUGGUUUGAACAGACAAGACAGCAGAGGCACAGCACUAAUACGACCAGCCUGUGUGCGCAGCCCAUGUGUGCGGUGUGGACAGCAAGUGUCCACGUCCGUCCGAUCGUUUGCUGAGUCAGGAGGCACCCACUCGCGCUGCUCUUUCUUGUUUUCCUCUAGAUUCUUAUCUCAUUGACCCAUGAGCUUUGACGUUAUGCUCAAGUGACGUCUGGUUUCAGGGCUCAGAUCGUGCCAUGCGUCCCGGGAAGCGCCGGAUCCCUGUUUUCGGUGGAGUAUGAACUUGUUUCUUCUAGCGCAGGAUCCAUUGGAUCUUUUCUGCCUGGAUGUGUGUGUUUACAGCCGGAUCACUGCGCACCUGACACUCUUUCACUUUUACAGCGCGUGUUUAAUGAAUGAACAGUUCGCUUUUUCAUUCUGCUGACGGAUUAUACCGUGUCCGACCUUCAUUGCGGAAAACAGCCGGAGACUGAUGUGAAAGCCCGCCGCUGAAGUACGUGCUCUACGAGCUUUGUUCCAGCGGACGGCUGUUGUGAUCAUGUCUAUACACAUAGUGGCCCUGGGUAGUGAGUGUCCUGGGGGCGUCGGUGCUGGGGAUGAGACGGCCGGCCCGGGACAGGUCCAAGGUGGUUUGUUGUGGAGCUACCUGGGCCACGGAGCUCGAGAAUUGGAUCCAAACUCCAUGACCCCAUCAAGGCAUCCCCUGAACCCUGCGUUUAUGGAGUACCAGUCUAGAGUAUUCGGGGAUGUCAGAGUUAUGGUGCGAGAUUGUCCCAGCUGGGACCUUUUGGACAGUGACUGGGCGAGCGUGCGGAGCGUUCUGGAGCAGGCCGACAUUGUGGUCAUUAAGUACUCGGUCAACGACAAACUGGCAUUUCAGCAGGUCAGAAACGGCUAUGCUCCAAGACUUCGCCCUCUUCUUCGGCACUGGGGUCUUCCUGUGAUUCUGGUAGCCAUUGGGGCGAGACUAAAUGAUGAAGGCCCGCCGUGCACAUGUCCUCUGUGUGCGUCCGACUGGAGCAGCUGUGUGCCCCACAGUGAGGGGCUCCAGCUGUCCAGGGACCUGGGGGCCACUUACCUGGAGCUGCCCUCUCUAAACAACUUUUUUGUGGGUCGUUACUUUGGCAGUGUGCUGGAAUACUUCAUGAUUCAGUGUCUGAAGCAGAAAGCCAAAGAACGGCCAGACAAACGGCGGGGUCACAGGCUUAACGAGCCCCGCCCCCCUCAUUUGGACCAGCCAGCGCGUCUUCCCCCAGUGAGAGUGGAGGAGUCCAGCUUCUCUCAGGACCUGCAGUGGCUGCUCGAGCGUGGCGUUCAGUUCGCAGACGUUGCGUUCUACGCUGGGGACACUGGGAAGGAGCUGGGCUGGGCGCACGCGUCCGUUCUGUGUGCCAUCAGCCCAUACUUCAGACAGCUGUUGGUGGGACGGCAAGCCUGGGAAAGGCCCGUCUCGCGCUGCACCUGUAGGGAAAGAGAUGGCCCCCACUCGCUUUUGUCCACUUGGGAUGGAGGUGUAGAUGAUCUAGCCAGAGCCGACGGGCACCCUCCUGGACACCUCUCACGGCUGGUUGUGAAGGACCCGCUGCUGUGUUUAUGCCUGUGGGAGACGUUAAUGUUUCUUUACAGAGGGGCCUGGGAAUGGGAAUACCUCGAGGAAGCCAUCGCUGAAAAACUGAAGAACCCUUUGGCCGUGGCUCAGCUGAUGGACAGGAUACGCUCAUUUGUUGGGAGAGAAAAGGCCCCCAGGGACACACCCACACCACGCUCUCAACAAGGUCCUUUGACAUUGGGAGGCCUCUUCAAUUCCCCUCUGUACUCUGAUGUCAUCUUCAUGGUGCAAGGAAGCGUGCUGCCAGCACACAGAGCCGUGCUUGUGGCCCGCUGUGAUGUUAUGGCUGCCAUGUUUAGUGGAAAGUACGCAGAGGCACGAAGUCGUGUGGUGCCAAUCCACGGAGUCUCGUCUGAUACCUUCCUAGCUUUCCUGGAGUACCUCUACACUGACACCUGCUGUCCAGCCAGUGUGUUGCAGGCCAUGGCCGUGCUCGUCUGCGCAGAGAUGUACCAGGUGAAACGGCUGCAGCACCUGUGUGAGGUGUGCGUGUGCGCGUACCUUCAGAACAUGCCUAGUCGAGAGCUAGCGUCUACGGGCAUCAGCGUGAUUCGCUUACUGAGGAGAGCAAAGUGUCACAACGCUGACCAGCUAUAUGUCUGGCUCCUCCAUUUCAUUGCCAAUAACUACCUGAUCUUCAGCCACAAGCCUGACUUCCUGGAGCUAUCAGAUGAGGAGCGUGAGCAGGUGGAGCGGCUGCGCUGGCCCUCCAGGGGUUACCUACAGGAGCUCAGCGAGUACCAGCAACGCAGGCGGCAGAUCCGCAAGUCUCGCUGCAACAUCAUGUGACCCCUUCUUGACGCCCUACGGACCGGAAGGGAGGGCGAAAAAAAGAGGAUGCAAAUUGGAGAUGUAUUUACAUACAGGAUGAAAGAGACCUUUGUUUGACCUUUGGGUUAAAGGUGGAUUCUGAUGUACUGUAUUAACACAUGAACUUUGACCACUGAGCCUGUGAUAUAAAGCGGACAGCUGCGAAUUCUCACUGGAUUUGAGCGGAUCCUAUGCGACAAUGUCAUAUAGAUCUCUUCUAUGUGGAUACUGUAUCUUCUGUACGAACGAUUACACCUGAUUGGUGCAAUAAACUUCCUCUGCGAUGGAUUAAACCCCAAAGUAUUAAACAGGGUAGGGUAGGGUCGACCGUAUACUCUCUCCAGAGAUUGAUAUUUUACUCUCAUGGUCAGCCAUGUUUUGUCAUGGUGAGAUUUUUUUUCUUUAUGAAUUCAGUGGUUACUCCAGCAAUAUGACUUGAAUAAACUUCAAAUAUUUAUUUCCCCCCUCCCCCAUGAGAUUGAUUUGAAUUUGAUGCAACUAUUUUUGUAACAUUUACAUCUGAGAUUUUUAUUUCAACUAAUAACGUACAAAGUACGCAUCCAGCAUGUGGAUCGCCUGUUAGUGCAGUUGGUGUGGUCGACGUAGAUUCUGACUGUCUUUAGUCUAAUCCAGUUAUGUUGACCCUCAUUUCAUGCUGAAUAAAGACAUUUUAGAAGAAUGCAU